AUGUUGGUUGUAUCGGCAUCUGUCGUUUUCACUGUCGUUGUACUCAAUUUGCAUUUUCGAACACCUGAAAGUCACGUUAUGACACCACUUGUUCGACGGAUAUUAUUGGAAUGGCUUCCAUGGUUAUUAAUGAUGUCACGACCUGGUAUUAUAUAUACCUGUGGUGAAGCAUUAAUGAAAUCGGAAACAAGCAGCAGAACGAAAGAAGAUGAAUAUAAUCCGUUAGUUGAAGAAAUAUUAUCCGGAGGAAAUACUUCUGAUGCGCAAAUCUUAUUGCUUCAUCAGCUUUAUUUAAAAUUGAAACAAAUCAGUGAUCGAAUGAUAGAAGAAGAAGAAUCAGAACGUUUACGGAAUGAUUGGAAAUUUAGUGCAAUGGUUGUUGAUCGAGCAUGUCUUAUUUGUUUCUCAUUAUUUAUUACAGUAAUAACAUGUUCCAUUAUAUUUAGUGCUUCACAUUUAAUUGUAUGA